AAGGAGGAGUUCAUCUGUGAUAUUAGCCGCGAGAGCUCUAUCACCCCACAAACCCCAAAGGACCCCUCAUAUUCGCAUCAUGAAGAUGGAUGAAGUGAUACCCCACGUACCUACGUAGGUAGGUAGGUAGGUUAACAGAAGUAGGCCGAGGAACAAAGUAGGUUGAAUUCUCGUUUUUCUACUCUCCUUCUUUCCAAGUCCUGUCAUUCUAUCCUUAAACUAGGUUGUUUGGCUUGUUAGUCCACUUUCGGGAUUCACAAUGGAGCCGAAGACUGGCCUCGUCCUAGGCUACAAUGGGAUUCACCCCUUUUCUAAGGUGAAAAUUACCGAUCGUGCCUCCGUCCAAGAGCUCCUGAAAGCCCUCCUCGACCCUCUUGAACCGUUCUUCUCCCCACAGAAAGCUAGAGUAAAAUGCCCUGGCGCCACUGCCGUCCGAUUUGACCAAACUGCUUCAGAGGUAGAAGGUAUCUGUCGACCACUCUGGGGUCUAGCUUGCCUUCUGGCAGGAGGUGGCGAAUACCAUGGAGCAGAAUGGUGGAUUCAGGGGAUCAAGUCAGGCACUGACCCUGAAAACCCCGAAUACUGGGGAUAUCCCAGAGACAACGACCAGAGGAUGGUAGAAAUGUGCCCUCUUGGCUAUGCACUGGCCGUCGCCCCUACUAUUUGGCAAUCCCUAAAUGAAAAGGAGCGAGAAAAUGUCGAGAACUGGUUGGGUAACUCUAUCAACGAAAAAAACAUGCCCAAUACCAAUUGGCUCUGGUUUCGUGUCUUCGCCAACCUUGGUUUGAAAAAGAACGGAGGGAAGUUCUCCCAGGGGCGACUAGACCGUGAUAUUGAGCACCUCAACACUUUCUACCGCGGCGGUGGUUGGUCUAAUGAUGGGCCGGAGGGCAUCCACCAGAUGGACUACUAUUCCUCAAGUUUCGCCAUCCACUUCCUGCAGCUGCUCUACGCUAAACUAGCCGGUGAGGAUGAACCGGCACGAGCUGAAGAAUUCAAGAAGCGUGCUCAGACAGUCGCCCUCGACUUGAUUCACUAUUAUGAUGACGAAGGCCGUUCUAUCCCCUUCGGUCGUAGUGUGGGCUACCGAUUCGCGAUGGUAUCCUUCUGGGGUGCCCUAGCUUACGCUGGAGUCGAACUUCCUGAACCUCUUACAUGGGGAAUAGUUAAGGGUAUAGUCCUUCGUCACCUACGAUGGUGGCAGACACAACCCGACAUCUGGAGUCCAAGUGGAACACUAACCAUUGGGUAUUCUUACCCAAAUAUGUACAUGGCAGAGAAUUACAACAGCCCUGGUAGCCCGUACUGGGCUUGUCUAGCGUUUAUCUGCCUCGCCGUACCCGCAGACCACCCAUUCUGGACCUCUGAAGAGCAGCUCCCUGGUGACCUAAUCCCCAGGGUCAAGGAACUACCACACCCAGGUCACAUCGCAAGCUAUCUUGGCAACCACUGCAUGCUCCUCUCCUCCGGCCAAGCCUGUAGCUACCCUAUGAAAGGCACCCACGCCAAAUACGGCUGUUUCGCAUACAGCAGCGCAUACGCAUACUCCGUACCCCCAGGGCUCUUCACACUAGAACAAUACGCUCUAGCCUCUCAACUCGGGUUCUCUGACGACGGCGGGGAAUACUGGAAAACACGUAGAAAGUCCGAAUACGCAGGUCUCGAACACCGCGGCGACGCCAAAACACCUGUGCUGGUCUCAAUCUGGCGUCCGUUCCCAGAUGUCGUGGUUAAAACUACACUCAUCCCACCCGACCCCACGACGCCGAAUUGGCAUCUAAGGGUUCAUAGAAUUGAGGCUGGGAGACAGGUUAUGACGGCUGAUGGCGCGUUUGCGAUUUGUAAUCAGAGGGCGAGAGAUGGACGGUAUUUGGAUCCGUAUGAUCCGAAGACGGGGGAGGGCACGUUUCCAAGGAUUAUUGGGAAUUAUGAUCUUGAGACGCCUGAGGGUUGGUCUAAAGGCCAUGAAGGCGCGUUUGCGGCGUCGAAGGGUGCGGUGGGGAUUAAGGCGUUAGAGACGGGCGUGCAGCGUGCCGCGAAUUUGGUGAAUGCGGAUCCGAAUUCGAAUCUUGUGGAGAGCCGGACUGUGAUUCCGACGCUGCAGCAUACGAUUAAGAAAGGUGAGACUGUGUGGUAUGUCUCCGCUAUCUAUGCGAAGCCCGAGGGCGAGGGUAUUCCGCGCCAGAGCUAUCUUGACGGGUGGGAGAAACCGCCACAGAUUCCAGCUUGGUUGGAAGCUGAGAUAGAAGUCUAGGCUUUAUCUUCAGGGGGAUUACGAUAAAACGAUCACUGCAGCAAAUUGGGAGA